AUGGCCCCCCUGACCAUCGCAUCGCGCGCCCUCGCGCGUGAGGCCGUAUCUCGAUCUCUCACCUCCACUUCCGUACGCGCCAUCUCAACCUCCGGCUCCCUCGCCGCUGCCGGUUCCUACUCGAGCCCCUUCAAGGGCGAGCAAAAGUCCACAAAGGUCCCCGACUUCAGCAAAUAUGCCUCCAAGGGCAACUGGAACACCAACGCCAUGAUGAGCUACUUCAUGGUCGGAACCAUGGGUGCCAUCACCGCCGCCGGUGCCAAGUCCACAGUACAAGAGUUCUUGAAGAACAUGUCCGCAUCCGCCGAUGUCUUGGCCAUGGCCAAGGUCGAGGUUGACCUCAACGCCAUCCCCGAGGGCAAGAACGUCAUCAUCAAGUGGCGAGGCAAGCCCGUCUUCAUCCGACACCGUACACAAAGCGAGAUCGAUGAGGCAAACAAGGUCGAGGUCUCUGCGUUAAGAGAUCCCCAAACCGACGAGGACCGUGUCCAGAAGCCCGAGUGGUUGGUCAUGUUGGGUGUCUGCACGCACUUGGGUUGUGUACCCAUUGGUGAGGCUGGUGACUUCGGUGGUUGGUUCUGCCCUUGCCACGGUUCUCACUACGACAUCUCCGGACGUAUCAGAAAGGGUCCUGCUCCUCUCAACCUCGAAAUUCCCACCUACGAGUUCCCCGAGGACGAGAAGUUGAUUAUCGGUUAA